GCGCCCCGCGGCGCGCGGCCAGUGCGCAGGCGCGGCGGCCGAUGCGAGUGUGGAUGUGCGGGCGAGAAGAUGGCGGCGGCGGGGGAAGCGGCGUGAGGAGCCGGGGGAGCGCCGCCUCAUUGAAACGGGCCGCCAUGGCCCUCCACAGCCCGCAGUAUAUUUUUGGAGAUUUUAGCCCUGAUGAAUUUAAUCAGUUCUUUGUGACUCCUCGAUCUUCAGUUGAGCUUCCUCCGUACAGUGGGACAGUUCUGUGUGGCACACAGGCUGCGAAUAAACUCCCUGAAGAACAAGAAUACCAGAGGAUUGAAUUUGGUGUUAAUGAAGCGGUUGCACCCAGUGACACGUUGCAGAGAAACGCCAGCUACAGUGUUUCAAGCACACUGAACCCUCAGGCUCCUGAGUUUAUUCUCGGUUGUACAGCUUCCCAGGCGAGCCCUGACGGCCUAGAUAAGGAAGCCGGCCACGGCUCCGUGAGCUGCCAGCACCCAGGCUCUGCUCUUGCUGUGGUUAGCAGUUCCAGCGUGGAGGUGGAAGUUUUGGAAAACGAUAGUGUCUCAGGUGGUCUUGGACAAAGGGAGCGUAAAAAGAAGAAAAAACGGCCACCUGGAUAUUAUAGUUACUUGAAAGAUGGUGGCGAAGAUAGUAUUUCCACAGAAGCCCUGGUCAAUGGCCAUGCCAAUCCAGCAGUCCUGAACAGCGUCAGCACAGAGGAUGCAGAAUUCAUGGGCGACAUGCCUCCCUCGGUUACGCCUAGGACUUGUAACAGCCCUCAGAACUCCACAGACUCUGUCAGUGACAAUGUCCCUGAUGGUCCUUUCCCCGGAGCACUCAGCAGCGACACCAGGACUGCAGAGCAGCCUGAGGGGGUCCACGGGACUGAUUUUGAUCAGUCCUGCUUCCCUGCAGAGGCUGGUAGAGACAACCUGUUAAGGACAGCUGGGGCUCAGCCCUGUGUCGGUACCGAUACUACUGAAAACUUUGGAGUUGCUAAUGGACAAAUACUUGAAUCCUCCGGUGAGGGCACAGCUGCCAACGGGGUGGAGCUGCACACCACUGAAAGCAUAGACUUGGACCCAGCCAAACCCGAGAGCGUGUCACCUCCUGCUGACGGCGCCGGCUCUGCCCCAGGCGCCCCUCCCAUCAGCCAGCCCAAGUCCUGGGCCAGUCUCUUCCACGAUUCUAAGCCUCCUUCCUCGUCACUCGUGGCGUAUGUGGAAACCAAGUAUUCCUCUCCUUCCACAUCUCCCCUGGUCUCUGAAAAGCAGGUUGAAGUCAAAGAAGGGCUUGUUCCCGUUUCAGAGGAUCCUGUAGCCAUAAAGAUUGCAGAGUUACUGGAGAAUGUAACCUUAAUACAUAAACCAGUGUCAUUGCAACCCCGUGGGCUGAUCAAUAAAGGAAACUGGUGCUACAUUAAUGCUACGCUGCAGGCACUGGUCGCAUGCCCUCCAAUGUAUCACCUGAUGAAGUUCAUUCCUCUGUACUCGAAAGUGCAAAGGCCUUGUACGUCGACCCCCAUGAUAGAUAGCUUUGUUCGGCUAAUGAAUGAGUUUACUAAUAUGCCAGUACCUCCAAAACCCCGGCAAGCUCUUGGGGAUAAAAUCAUGAGGGAUAUCCGCCCUGGAGCUGCCUUUGAACCCACGUAUAUCUACAGACUCCUGACUGUUAACAAGUCAAGCCUGUCUGAAAAGGGUCGGCAGGAAGAUGCUGAGGAGUACUUAGGCUUCAUUCUAAACGGCCUGCAUGAGGAAAUGCUGAACCUCAAGAAGCUUCUCUCACCAAACAAUGAAAAACUUGCGAUUUCCAACGGGCCCAGGAGCCACCUGCUGGACGAGUACGAGCAGGAGGAGCCGGGCGAGGGCAGCGAGGACGAGUGGGAGCAAGUGGGCCCCAGGAACAAGACCUCAGUCACCCGCCAGGCGGACUUUGUUCAGACUCCAAUCACCGGCAUUUUUGGUGGACACAUCAGGUCUGUGGUUUACCAGCAGAGUUCAAAAGAAUCUGCCACUUUGCAACCAUUUUUCACGUUGCAGUUGGAUAUCCAGUCUGACAAGAUACGUACAGUCCAGGAUGCAUUGGAAAGCUUGGUGGCAAGAGAAUCUGUCCAAGGUUAUACCACAAAAACCAAACAGGAGGUUGAGAUAAGUCGAAGAGUGACUCUGGAGAAACUCCCUCCUGUUCUCGUGCUACACCUGAAACGGUUUGUGUAUGAGAAGACUGGCGGGUGUCAGAAGCUUAUCAAAAACAUCGAAUAUCCUGUGGACUUGGAAAUUAGCAAAGAACUUCUUUCUCCGGGGGUUAAAAAUAAGAAUUUUAAAUGCCACAGAACCUAUCGGCUGUUUGCAGUGGUCUACCAUCACGGCAACAGCGCCACGGGUGGCCACUACACUACCGACGUCUUCCAGAUCGGCCUGAACGGCUGGCUGCGCAUCGACGACCAGACGGUCAAGGUGAUCACCCAGUACCAGGUGGUGAAGCCCGCCGCGGAGCGCACGGCCUACCUCCUGUACUACCGCCGCGUGGACCUGCUGUGAGCCGCCCGCCGGGUGCCCAGCCCGCCUGGUACCGCACCAGCUCUCACUAACUUCCUGCCUCUCUUUAGUGGCUCUGUAGAGAGAAACUCUUUCUCCCUUUGCAAACAUGGGCUAGAAUGAAAAGGACAUGCCUUGGGCUUUGUGCACAACAUAGUUUCUGUUUACUUCUAACUUCCAAAUCAAAAUCAUUUGGUUGAAACAGACUGUCGCUUGAUUUUAGAAAAUACACAAAACCCCACAUUUCUGAAAUAAUGCUGAUUCCUCAGAGAAGAAAGUGGAACUUGCAUUUGAUUCCCCGUCUAAUUGCUUAGUAGAAUAAAUCCUGCACCAGCAACACUUGUAAAUUUGUGAAAAUGAAUUUUAUCUUUCCUUAAAAAAGAAAUUUUUUAAUCCAUCACACGUUCCUCCCCACCCUUUAGUUUUUGAUAAACAAUAAAAAUGAGCCAGUUAUCAAAGAAGAAAUAGUUCUUACUUCAAAAGUAAAACACAAAAAAAUAAGUUGCUGGUUCCUAACAGGAAAAUACAUUUUGAUAAUUGCGCUCUGAGAAACUGCUCACAUACACUUUGCAGAUCGGAUACUUGGAGUUAAGAUGUUAGUCUGCGUAGAUGGGUGACUGUAACUUUAUUGCCAUUAAAAGAUUUCCUGUUGAACCCAUGCUUCUGUGGACACACGGUGGAAAUGGGCACAAUGUGAAGACUGGUGUUUCCUUGCGUCUGCUCUGUUCUCUCCCGCUGUCCGCUCUCCCACAACGCCGCGUCCCCAACUGCACACAGUUCAGUGAUCUCUAGGAGUAUAAAGUUGUCGCCCAUCAAUAAAAAUCACUAAGUUGGUUUAAAA